AGGGCAGUGGGUAUACCCGUAACGCCGACCGGCGUUAUGCCGAUUUUCACGCCCCGGAAACACCGCCCCCCGCGGCGUUACCCGGGCAUUACCAGGCGCCCGUCAAACAAAUGACGCAGCGUCAUUCGUCUCUCCCUCCCCCCUAACGGCUCUUUGAGCCGUUGCACCCCCCAAUUCAAAAUUUUUUUUUUAUUAUAAUUUCAAACCACCCCUUCCCAAUAUCUCACACCAUCUCCAUCUUCAAUCUCUUCUUCUUCCCAAUUUUUAAAUUUCAAAAUUCAAACCCCCCCUCCCAAUUUUCAACAUGAAUCCUUCCGGCUCCGGCUUCUUUCCCGACAAUCUCGCGCCCCUCGAUGCCGCGAUGUGGUAUUACCAAGAGUUGGGCGAUCGACCGCCGAUGUAUGAGACGCAACAAUCGGGGUACAUCGACAGAGAUUCGGUUCCAGAGACUCAACCGGAACCGUCCGGGUCGAAAAAAAGUACACGCCGGAAAAGCCACAAAGCCAAAAGCACGUUGACCGAGGCGGCACGGUCAAUCCAAAAGUGGAUGUCGGAGGAGGAGUGCAUAUUGGCGUCGGCUUGGGUUGGCGUCUCCGAGCAUCCUAUCAUUGGAUGCGAUGUGGGAUCGUAUCGAGGAGAAGUUCUUCACGGCGAUGAAGAAGGACGGCUCCUACCGAACCCGGGACCAACUCAUUCCAAAUGGAGCCACAUCAACCGUAAAGUCCGAAAAUUUAUCGGAGUUUACGAGGAAUGCUCCCGGUCCCGGAGGAGCGGGACGAACGACGCCAAUGUUCUCCGGCUUGCCACGGCCCGAUAUCAAGACGACGGGCACCAAGGCAAGGUGCCCAUCGAUCUUUGGAAGAUUUUGAGUCGUUCCCCGAAGUGGCAACAACUCAACAAUCCCGACGGCGGAUCGUUCCGGAAAAGAUCCACCGUCGAUGCCGAGGAUGAGGUCGACGAGACUAUCAGUUCAACCGAUCAAAUCCCUCCCUUCAACGUUGCGGAUUCUGAUGACGAGGACCCCAUUCCACGGCUGAUCAGAAGAAAGAAGGCAAAAUCCAUUGCCUCUGGUUCGGGAGGGUUCGCCUCUGUUUCCGCUUCUUCCCGCGACGAAAUCGGCCGGGAAAUGGUUGAACAACUUCGGGCGUUCAAUCUCCGAGGACAAGAGAGGUUGAAGCUAAAGGAGAAGGAGUUGAAGCUAUGAUAAGGAAGAUGAAUUAUAUU